ACAUGCAAUACAUUCAUCAUCAGGCAUGUCUGACCGAACCGCGGUGUAGGCAGCCCAUUCGCUCCAGGCGAAACCCGCUCUCCCCAGCUAUUCAGGAGCGACUUGGUGGCGCGCUACUCAUCUGCUCGCAGCUCGAGCUUCGUUAACAGGCUCACUUCUAAACGCCGCCUUUUAGAGAGUCAACGUAUCGGUAACCGAUAACAGGGGGACUUCACUGCCAGGUCACACGUUCACAUGCCGGUCAUUAGAGUUUUCCGUUGAUCUAUCCUACAUUUCUCGCUCAAGCGUCCGUUCAAUAUAGAUAUAAAUACAACUGUCUUGGACUCUGGCUGGGGGAUGUUGUAGGCUCGUGGCGUUAACAGGUAGGCGAGAUAAGCUUGUGUGCUCGUUCUGUGCCAACAACGGAAGAGAGAGGCGGGUUGUGCUUGAAACCCACGAAAAGACAGCAAGAAAGGAAGAGUAGUUGCUGCAUAUGCUGUAGCUAAUGGGGAUCCUAAUAAACUCAACUAAACAGGUAUUCCACAUUCUCACCAGUAUCGAUUUCCAGGUCGUAUUCGCUCCACGCAUCUGAUUGACCUUUGACGGACGUUUGAUUGGUGGAUGUAAUGCCCAUAUACAUCAUCGAUCGAAAAUUUCCAGAGACACCUGGUGAGUCAUUACAGCCAGCAGCUGAAGGAGUGUUAAGCAUGGUGGAGACCGUCCCCCCAAAGUCGGCUAAGAAGCUCCACUGGACCUCUCUGGAGAUCGGCCUGCUCACUAUCGUCUCCCUCCUCUUCAUCGUCAUAGUGGCCCUCAUCGUCCUCUUCGCCACACAACGGACUGAUAGCGAUGGUGUCUGCACCACGGCGGACUGCACUCAGUCAGCGUCUCGUCUGUUAGAGAACAUGGAUGCCAAUGUGGACCCGUGUGACAACUUCUACCAGUACGCCUGUGGAGGCUGGUUGAAGAAGAACGUCAUCCCAGAGACUAGCUCCCGAUACAGCACCUUCGACAUCCUACGAGACGAACUGGAGGUGGUCCUCAAAGGUGUUCUAGAGAGAAGCGUGGAGGGGGAGGCCAGUGCCCUCACUAAAGCCAAGACCCUCUACAGAUCCUGCACCAAUGAGAGUCAGAUUGAGAAAAGGGGCGGAGCUCCUUUACUAGACAUACUUCCUAAUGUGUUUGAGUGGCCAAUAGCAACAGACCACUGGGAGACUGUCUAUGGGAACACAUGGAAGUUGGAGGAUGCCAUUGCCAGACUAAAUGAGAAAUAUGGAACUCAAGUCUUGGUUAAUUUUUUUAUCGGCACUGAUGACAAAGACUCCAAUUCACACAUCAUUCAUUUUGACCAGCAAACCAGCCUUGGUCUCUUAUCCAGAGAGCAUUAUACCUGCACCGGGCCCUACGCAGAGCCAUGUAGAGCAUAUGAACAGUUCAUGAUAGACGUGGCCAGGUUGAUCCGUACCGACCGCAGCCUAGAGGUCAACGAGACCCAAAUCAGAGAGGAGGUCACCAGGGUCAUUGAGCUGGAGAGGGAGAUCGCCAAUGCAACUGAUACUCCAGAGGACCGUAACAACCCAGUUCUCCUCUACAACAAAAUGGAGCUGGGUGUUCUCAAUGCUAACUUCAGCCUGGAGGUCGACACACAAGUGAUGAUGAACCCCUCCUCUCAGGUGUUUGACUGGAGUUACUUCACCAGGAAGAUCAUGGGGACGGUUGGCAUCACUGUGCCUGACACAGAGAAUGUUAUCAACUACGCACCUAACUACUUCAGACGACUCAACCCUAUCCUAGCCAAGAACACUAAGAGAGUCCUGCAGAACUACAUGGUGUGGCGUUUUGUCAUGAACAUGGUGGUGGGUUUGAGCAGACAGUACAGGGACACCAGGAAAGCCUUCCGCAAGGCGCUGUACGGUGCCACGUCGGAGGCGGCGGUUUGGCGGCAGUGUGUCAUCUACGUCAACAACAAUAUGGACAACGCUGUCGGAAGACUGUACGUAGAGGAGUCCUUUUCUGGGGAGAGCAAAGAACUGAUGGAAGAGAUGAUCUCUGUGAUACGGGACGUAUUCAUCAGUAACUUAGACCACCUAAGAUGGAUGGAUGUAGAGACCAAGAAGGCUGCUGAGGAGAAGGCACAAGCUAUCCGUGAGCGGAUUGGCUACUCCGACAACAUCAAGAAUGACACCUACCUGAACAACGAGUAUAGAAAUUUGAGCUACAGUGCAGAGGAGUACUUUGAGAACAUCCUCCAGAACCUGGACUACGUACAGAAGAAACGUCUGAGGAAGCUACGGGUCAAAGUUAACAAAGAAGAAUGGGUAACAGGAGCAGCCGUUGUCAACGCCUUCUACUCCUCAAGCAAAAACCAAAUAGUGUUCCCAGCUGGCAUCCUCCAGCCUCCGUUCUUCGGUAAGGGCCAGACCAAGUCUCUGAACUUUGGCGGUAUCGGCAUGGUGAUCGGACAUGAGAUCACACACGGGUUCGAUGACAACGGUCGUAACUACGAUAAAGAUGGUGACCUGAAGGACUGGUGGACGCCAAGCUCCACCCAGAACUUUGUGAAUCUGUCCAAGUGCAUUGUGGACCAGUAUGGAAGCUUCUCCUGGGACCUGGCCAACGGGCUGAAUCAGCUCAGUGGGAAUAACACUCUGGGCGAAAACAUCGCAGACAAUGGAGGCAUACGUCAGUCCUACCAGGCAUACCUGAACUAUGUGGAGAAGAAUGGGAAUGAGCCUCUCCUGCCUGGAAUAAACCUCAACCAUCAACAACUCUUCUUUGUCAACUUCGCCCAGGUGUGGUGUGGAACACAUCGACCAGAACAAGCUGUCAACUCCAUCAAAGUAGAUGUACACAGUCCAGGAAAGUUCAGGGUUCUGGGGUCCCUCCAGAACUUCCCAGAGUUUGCCAAGGCCUUCAACUGUCCCAAGAACAGCUACAUGGUGCCUGACAAGACUUGUCAAGUCUGGUGAUACUGUAGUCCUGACACUAGCCUUGCCCUGAGGCUGGUGGAGGGUGAGAUUUGGGCUUGUGUCCUCUUCCCCCUCAUCACCUCAUUUUCCCGCCUGCCUGUUAGAGCACUAUUCUGGGACAUAGUCGAUGUUCCCCAGUUCACUUCAGGGUGGGACCAGGACUGCUGAUCGUACAGAACAACCAGCUUCAAGGGACUACAGAGGGCUGUUCAUAUCCAGCUCUUCACCGGAUCACCCAGGUCACCGCUUUCCACUGAAUACAGUCACGCCAAUCACAAUAUAUAUAUAUUUUUUUUGGGGGGGGGUGGAAUUGAAAAUGUACUUUUCAAUUAAAUUUCUCCCUUUGCAUUUCAAUCAGAAUUCUUCUUUUUGACAGACAGACAGACAGACAGACAGACAGACAGACAGACAGACAUUUGAACCACGUCCAUUAUUCUAAACUGUCACUUUGUUUGUCCAAAAUGUUAUUUGUUUUACAUGAUAUAUAAACCAAAAUGUAUACUGUAUAUCAAUACGUUCUAGAUGAGUAUACAUUGACAGUGAUCGAUAGUCUCCCCUGUAUAGGGGGGAUUCUGUUUUAUUGUAUAUUUAAGAAAAUAACAUUUUAUUUGACUGACUAUACACCAAUGAGUAUAAUUAGAAUAGCAUAAAUGUUCUGUAUAUAUGGUCAAAAUAGCUUCAAAAUGGGUGCCAAAUGUUUAUGUCUACAAGCAUUGAACCAAAAUGAAGUUGUUGCCUUGGAAUCAGUUGGGUGACCUAUCUGGUCAGGAAUUGACAUAUACCAAACACAUUCAUAUUUUUAUUUUACAGUAAGAAUGUGAGCUUAAUUUAAACUUCACCAUGUGUUCAGCAAAAGAGGCUGGUGAGGGGGAAUAUAGGAGGACGGGAUCACUGUAAUGGCUGGACUGGAAUCAAUGGAAUGGUAUCAAACACAUGGAAAACAAAGCGUUUGACUCCGUUCCAUCGACUCCGUUCCAUUGAUUCCGUUCCAUUGACUCCGUUCCAUUGAUUCCGUUCCAUUGAUUCCAUUCCAUUGAUUCCGUUCCAUUGAUUCCGUUCCAUUGAUUCCGUUCCAUUGACUCCGUUCCAUUGAUUACGUUCCAUUGAUUACGUUCCAUUGACUCCGUUCCAUUGACUCCGUUCCAUUGAUUCCGUUCCAUUGACUCCGUUCCAUUGACUCCGUUCCAUUGACUCCGUUCCAUUGACUCCGUUCCAUUGACUCCGUUCCAACCGUUAGAAUGAGCCUGUCCUCCGAUAGAUCCCACCUCUUCUGGUGUUCUCGGUGCGUGUGGGUGUUUGUUUAUGUGUGUGUUGAUGUGUGUUUUUUGUCUGGGUGUGACCGCUACAUUUUUCAACAAGCUUACAUAACCCAUAGAGCUACUGCUGUUUUGUGUGUGGGGGGCAGAGGAAGUCUGGUUUGUAGUGAAACCACACCCACCCACCAGUGGAGGCUGAUGAGGGGAGGACGGCUCAUAGUAAUGGCUGGAAUGGAGUCAAUGGAAUGGUAUCAAACACAUGGAAAUCAUAUAUUUGAUACCGUUCCAUUUACUCCAUUCCAGCCAUUACUAUGAGCCGUCCUCCCCUCAUCAGUCUCCACACACACUGUUAACGCCAAAGAUUUCCAAUUUCAAAUCCCUAUAUGAGCCUCUCUGGUUUCCAGCAUUCUCAGACAAGAUUUUCCUGAUUUAAAACCGUGCCACGAAUAACCUCUCCCUCCUCUCUCUCUUAUCUCUUUUUCUUCUCUCUUUUCUCUCUUCUCUUCUCUUCUCUCUCUCACUCACUCACUCUCAUCUCUCCUCUCUCAUCUCUCUCUCUUCUCUCUCUACUCCCUUCUCUUCUGUCUCUCUAAUCUCUCCUCUCUCAAUCUCUUCUCCCUCUUCUGAUUCUCUCCAUUUCUAUUUCUCUAUCUCUCUCUUUUUUUCUCUCAUUCACAUUCACUGUUACACACACACACACACACACACACACACACGGUUAAUGCUAAAGUUUUCCAAUUUCAAAUCCCUAUAUGAGCCUCUCUGGUUUCCAGCAUUCUCAGAUAAUAUUUUCCUGAUUUAAAAGGGUUCCACGAAUAACCUCUCCCUCCUCUCUCAUCUUUUUUUAUUCUCUGUCUCUCUUAUCUAUCUUCUCUCUCUUCUCUCUCUCUCUCUCUCUCCCACCUCUCUCUCUCUCCCUCCUCUCUCAUCUUUUUUUAUUCUCUGUCUCUCUUAUCUAUCUUCUCUCUCUUCUCUCUCUCUCUCUCUCCCACCUCUCUCUCUCUCCCUCCUCUCUCAUCUUUUUUUAUUCUCUGUCUCUCUUAUCUAUCUUCUCUCUCUCUCCCACCUCUCUCUCUCUCCCUCCUCUCUCAUCUUUUUUUAUUCUCUGUCUCUCUUAUCUAUCUUCUCUCUCUUCUCUCUCUCUCUCUCUCUCCCACCUCUCUCUCUCCCUCUUAUUUUCUCUCUUCUCUCUCCCUCUCUCUCUCCUCCUUCUCUCUUCUCUCUCUCUUCUCUCUCUCUCUCCUCCUUCUCUCUCUUCUCUCUCUCUCUUUUCUCUUCUCUCUCUCUCUCCCCCCUCUCUCUUCUCUCUCUCUCUCUUCUCUCUCUCUCUCUCCUCCUUCUCUCUCUCUCCUCCUUCUCUCUCUUCUCUCUCUCUCUCUCUCUCUCUCUCUCUCUCUUUUCUCUUCUCUCUCUCUCUCCUCCCUCUCUCUCCUCUCUCUCUCUUCUCUCUCUCGCUCUCUCCUCCUUCUCUCUCUCCUCCUUCUCUCUCUUCUCUCUCUCUUCUCUCUUAUCUCUCUCUCUUCUCUCUCUCUCUCUCUUCUCUCUCUUUCAAACACACAGACACGGCAAACCAAUCAAACGUGUUUUCGCUGUUGAUUACAUCAUUAGUAUGGUUUCUUGUAAAUAUAGAUUUACUAAGUGUUUAUUUUUUGUCUUUAAUGCCUUUGUAAAAGAAAGCCGAUAGAAUCUUUGCCCCUGUAAAUCUGGUUGGUGUCACUGUAUCCAUUUUGAUUUUCUUUGAAUGGGAAAAUUAGGUUCAGUCCACAAUGUGUCAUGGGACUCAAAACAUGACUGUUUCUCAAAUUGUAAGUGUUGUCAUGUCCACUCACACUGCUUUCUCUAUACACACACACACACACACACACACACACACACACACACACACACACAACCAUCCCACCUGUAGGACAGACAGAUAUACCUCAGUUGCCUGUUUUUAGAUACUUUGUAAUAAAAAAAAUCCUGAUGA